AUGGGCAACUCCGGCAGCACAGCUCCCGCACCGCUAGGGAAGACCCAUGUUCCAGAUUUAGAAUGGAAGGUUCAUGACUUCUCAGCUCUACUUGAGACGAAAGCUGCCUCGGCGCUGUCUACUCCUUUUCACUGCUUUGGGUACAAGUGGUGCCUGCAAGUGACUCCAAAGCACAAACAAGAUGAUAAAGGGAAUCCAUGUGUUGCUCUUUCUCUUAUGAUACUCCAGGGGUGUUUGGAGCCAGGUCACACGGUGCAUGCAAAGUUUAAGUUGUCAAUAUUCAACCAUUCAAAAGGAAUGUAUUGUGGAUACAAAGCUAGCUACAACUUCGAUGUCAAGGAUGCCUACUCGAACAAGAAAUGCUUGAUUCCUCUUCAGGAGCUACUAAAAUCAUCUGCUUUUCUAGUUGAUGAUACUUGUGUCUUCGGUGUGGAAAUAUUAAAAGUUGAUGUCUCUUCUCCUAAAAGGAAGUCCGUUGUGGUUCAGAAGAAGGCUACCACAGUUGAGAACCUCUUUGUCCAGAAGAAGGGAUUCAUCAAAGGGACAUACACUUGGACCAUGAACAAUUUCCUAGAAUUGGACUCUCAGCAAUCUGUCCGUUCUCCGACAUUUGAAGUUGGUGGGCAUAAAUGGAACAUCGGCAUGUAUCCGCGUGGUGACAAGCGCUGCCCUGAUUGCCUCACCUUGGCUUUGUACCUGGACUCCUCGGAUGAGCUCUUUCUUGAGUCCAGAAAGGUGGUUAAAAUAACUCUGUCCAUCCUGGACCAAAAGAGUGGGGAAUACUUCACUAGAACUACAGGUCUCUUGGCAUGUAUACACCCAGAUGGUUGGGGAUGGUACAACUUCUUGCCACUCAAGGAACUCCACGAUAUGUCCAGAGGCUAUCUUAUGGAAUCGAAGUGCGUCCUCAAGGCAGAUAUCACUAUCUUUGGAUCAUCCAAUGACGGCUAG